CUUUGGGUGUCUAAUGAAGGCAGACAUAUGUGAGAAGUAGGAAAUAAUCACAGGGUUGUCAGGGGUCUAGAAAACGAAUUCAAUUAUUUAUGACUUAUUUGGAAUUGGUUUUAAAAAUUUUAAACAAAAAUUUUAAAGGUGGAUAAUUAUAGAUUAAAAAAAGAAUAAAGGAAAAAUACAGGGAUUAGGUACUAUCAAGCUGCUGAGCUCAUUAUAACUUUGGGGCAGUGAAUUUGUUUCUAGAAGUUUCAUUGGAGCUAAGGCAAGAGCUCCCUACACAGAAGCAUGUACUAAGUUUCAAGUAAGACGCAUGGACAUCAUAACUGCUAUGUUUGCAAGAACAGGCCCCUAGAGGCUGGAGUGAUCAUGGAGGAGGGACUUGGAACUCAGCUCUCAAAAAAGAUCACCCUAACCGCCCAUCAUGACUGCUGUGGAAGUUAUGUCUGAUAAAAAAGAAGGUCCCAUAUUAGAGAUCACCAAGCAAGAUUUUUUUCAAGAAGCAAAAACUCUCAUUGCCCAACAUUAUGAGAAAGUAAAUGAGAAUAAUGUUCAAAGUACUUCUAUAAAUGUUUUUAGAAAUAAACAUCAAAAACCAAAAUCUGUAAAAUUCAUACCUUUGGAGAUUAAAAAAAAGGAAACACUUGAUGGGGUCCAAGAACUUUGGACGGCACACAAAAAGAUUUGUUUUCCCAAACACCUGUUCAAAAGCGAACAUUUUGAGGAGACCCCUCAACAAACUUCUUUUAAGGAGCCAUGCAUGUUUAGUGUAAAGGAAAAAUUCAAGGACUCGAUGGAUCUAAUUGUGAAAGAACAAGUUAAACUGGGUAAAAUAGUGACUAAUAUUGAAUCAGUGUGUAAAAAAAUGGAGAAAGAAAAGCAUCAGCACCAUGUUAAGUCCAGAUUGUUGGUCUCACCAUAUGCCGUCCCCAUCAACUUUGGCUUGCCCUUACAACCCAUGACCACCUCUUCCAUGGGACUUCCGAAAGAACAUGAUAAAACAUUCUACGAUUGGAGAGGAAUUAUGUCAACAAAGCCUUCCCGUUUGACUCCUGACUCCAGCUGGCCUAGUUUGUGUGGGCCAUCAUCAGUGUUUCGGGAUUACCAUUCUAAAACCUUACUGAAGAAAGAGCAACAGCCUAUCCAACCAGAACCAAAGCCACCCAGGUCAAAAUCUAUUCUAACUAAAAGUGGUAAACUUGACAAUAAAGUUAAAAGAAUUGGACCACACAUAGAAAUCUUCCAAGUGUUCCGGGAAAGGAACAAAUUCAUAAAUACCAAAAAAAUAGUGAAAAUGAUCACCAUCAUGCAGGCCUAUGUCAGAGGGUGGCUCGAACGCAGAAGAUACCAGAGAAUAAUGAUCAAGUCUAUGAAACAAUGUUUGCUAAGAGAGAAGAUUGGCAAGGAUUGGAAAGAAGCGAGCUCCUUAAAUUCUUCAAUGAGUGUGGUCAUUUCCCAAUCCAACAGCAAAUUGAUGAAGUUUGGGACCUGGUCCAUAAAGAAGACCGUGACAGAUAUUCUCAACUCCUCAAGAAGUACAAUGCGAUUGAAAUGUUAUUUACACUCUAUCCUCCUCAAGGUGCCCAUGUGUGUAAAAAUAUACGACUUAGGUCAACUUGGCUGAGACCCGUAGUAAAUGGGGAAGAAGGAUAUAAAUAUAUAGGUCUUGAUACAAAGCAUGCGGAAGAAGAGUUCCUCGAGAAACUGUGUAUAUAUGGUUCUGAGUAGCCCUGGCAGAUGGAUAGCUAGAGCCUCAGGGUGGUUCUGGCAUUCCCCGUCCCCAACCAGGGGAGCCAAUCAGUCAUACCCUCUGCUGUGCCACAGUUCAACCCAGGUUCCCCCACCAGCUCUCUGGCACCAUCACAGGCACCCCCUGAUCUCUUUCAAUCCUUUCUUCACACUUCUCCCUGAGCUGGUCUCUCAAGAAUGCAUAGCUGAUGGCACCACUCCCUUGUUUCCAAGUCUCUUUUGAAUGUUCACUGCCUAAAGUGGGGUGCAGAGACAAAGAAUGUGUCAUUGGGACAGGAGAAGAAAAUUUCAGGACCUCUGUUUGAUUUAAUUUCUUAUAUCUUCUGACAUUUGUAUUUUUAAUGUGUGCUUUAUGAUAACAUAAGUAAGUUCACCUGUACAUAGAUAAAUAUGCAUAUCUUAAGGGCUUUGUGCUAAUAGAGGUACACAAUAAAAAAUUUCAGAGACCACACUGGCUUUGAGAACAAAAUUCAAGAUCCUUCCUGUUCUGACCCGGACACUUUUCUCUCCAUCCCAUUGCCUGCUGGUCUCCUACCUCCUUGGCAUUCUGAACCUUUUAACUUCCGCUGGUCCUGCCUCAGCACACUGGUUCCCUUGCACAGAAAAGACUUGCUCUCUUGAUUGGAAACCCUAUCUGUAUACAUUAACUAAAUCCAUUGGCACUAUGGUAUGAAACAUUAAGAUUUCUACAAUCACUCCAUCCCCUGAGCUCCCAUAGCCCUUUUUCAGACACUUUGAAGACCUCUAGCACAAUACAUCACAAUUUAGAUUUAUACAUAUCUGUCUCCUAAAUUCUACUUUGAGCUACAUUAGGUGGGAGCGAUUUCUCAUUAAUCUUUGCAUCUAUAGUACUUGUACACUGUGGUACAUCACAGGUGCUCCAUAAAUACUUAUGAGUAAGUGGAUAGAAAUGUGGAUCUGUAUUACAUAGGUACUACUACUACUUACAACCAACACUAAAGGAAAUCUGUAUAUAGCUUUAAGUUUAGUCAGUGUACGUUGACUCCAAGAACAUGAUAGAAUGCAAAUACAAGAGUUAGGUUCCUUUGAGAGGGCUCUAGAUAUCCACAGUUGGAUUUUCAAUGCUCAAAAAAUAAAAGCAUAAUUUAAUACUCUAGUGAAGAAAACCUCACUAGUGUUGCUAUUUUUAAGUCUUGAGGAAUUUAUUAGGCCUGGGGUGACCCAGGCCCCCAUUUUCCUUUUUGCCAUAGAGCCCCAAGACAUAACUUUUAGACUAUCAUAUUCACUGUGGCCACCUUCA